AUGGUGAUGGUUGAAAAUUUUCAUCAAUUUCUCCAUGUGUUUGUCGUUGUUUCACUUUUACUAUGCAUGAAACCUGCUCUUGGACUCUCCUUAAGAGUUGAAGAAGAUGCUAAAACCAAGUGCAUAGAGAGGGAAAGACAAGCUCUGCUCAAGUUUAAAGAUGCUCUUAUCGAUGAUUAUGGUCGUCUCUCAUCUUGGGGGAGUGAAGAAGAUAAAAAAGAUUGUUGCGAAUGGAAUGGAGUUGGGUGCAACAACCACACUGGUCAUGUCACCAUGCUCGAUCUUCAUUUAUCGUUCGAUGUUUCUUAUCAUCCACUGCAUGGUAAGAUUAGUACUUCAUUGCUUGAAUUGCAACAUUUGAAGUAUUUGGACCUCAGUGGAAACAAUUUUCAUAGCCACAUCACAAAGUUAAGCAACCUUUCUAACUUACAGUAUCUUAAUCUUGGCUACAAUUCUAAUCUUAAGUGCGAAAAUCUUGAGCUGCUUUCUCAUCUUUCUUUAUUAAGUCACUUGGACCUUAGUUCUGUUAACCUCAGUAAAGCAGUCGACUGGAUUCAAUCUAUCAAUAAUCUUCCUCUCCUAAAAGAGUUAAGUUUAAGGGAUUGUAGACUUCCUGACAUCACUCAUCCCUCACUUCCUUUGAAUUUUUCCAUGUCUCUUUCUGUACUUGAUCUAUCUGGAAAUUAUCUCUCUUCUUCAAUAUACAGUUGGUUGUUCAACUUUAGUAGUAGCCUUAUCGAUGUAGACCUUUUUGGUAACCAGUUAAAAGGUCCGAUUCCUGAUUCUUUUGAAGGCAUGAUUUCCCUCACAAAUAUCAGUCUUGGUUGCAAUCAUGUUGAAGGUGCCCUUCCAAAAUCCUUUGCAAAUUUAACUCUUUUGCAAUCUUUACAUCUGUCUGGAAACAAUUUAACUGAAGAAUUUCAUCAGUUCCUUCAAAAGUUGUCUGGGGUAGAGGACUCAUUGCAGGCUUUGCUUGUGGAUGACAAUCGACUUAGUGGUCCAUUGCCUGAUUUUACAAGAUUUUCUUCCUUAAGAGAAUUUUCUGUUGGUUAUAAUCAAUUAAGUGGGUCCAUCCCAGAAACUUUUGGACAACUUCGUAGUCUUGUUUAUCUUCGGUUAUAUGGAAACCAAAUUAUAGGGUCACUACCUGACCUUUCAAUGUUUCCAUCAUUGACGGAGUUAGAGCUUGGACACAAUCAAUUGAAUGGGACCAUGCACAGAAAUAUUGGAAAACUUUCCAAGCUUGAGUUUUUCAGUGUCGCUUCCAAUUCGUUAAAAGGCAUAGUCUCUGAGACUCACUUUUCUAAUCUCUCCAGUUUGAAGUAUUUGCUAUUUUCUUCAAACUCAUUAACUUUUAACUUCAGUUCUGAUUGGGUUCCUCCUUUCCAACUUGAUACUAUAAUGUUGUCAUCUUGUAAGUUGGGGCCUCAUUUUCCAAAAUGGCUUCAAACGCAAAAUAACCUCUCUGAGCUUGAUAUCUCAAGUAAUGGAAUUUCAAAUGUUGUUCCUAAUUGGUCAUGGGAUCUAUCCCCAGGUUUAAUUUCUUUAAAUCUCUCUAACAAUCUGAUCAAAGGCUUGUUGCCUGAUGUCAUGGCCCAAACCCACCCCUAUGGGUUAAGGACAUAA